AUGGUAUAUCCCAUAGGAAUUCCUGGACAUCAAAAUGGUGCCUCCGUCAACAACACAGCAGGAGGUUCGUCGUAUGAUGUCAAUAACCCACAAAACUCACUCACACAAAAUGGAGCUUUGCCAGUUAAUACCAACACACCAUCAUCGUCCUAUUUACCACAAGGUGCGGAUUUAAGUCAAUAUGCUGCAAGUAGCAUUGGUAGUAAUAGUAAUUUCACAUUUAAUAAUAGUAACACUAUGGGAAAUACUGAAAGUCCUUUGCCGAAUCCCUCUGAAUCUCAUUAUAGAAGAUACUCCAAUAACUCAGUUAGUGACCGAUCGGAAUUCAUUAAUCCUGGACCUCGUGCGUCGUUACUUACUUCCAAACUAGCAAAAGUUCAGAAAUCAUUAAAUUCAAGUCCGAAAGAAAAGUUACAACAAAUCGAUGACUCAAAGUCAAACUUCCCUUAUCCUAACCCUAGAGAUCGAGGCUUGGGUCAUCGAACGUAUAGUAAUUCGAAUAUGAGAGCUGUUCCACCACCAAGUAACCAAAAGUUUCCUGUGGUCGAUAACUCGACGUCGUCUUUGUCGUCUUCUUUCAAGUACAGCAUCAAGCAAGAUCAACUUAAUAAUUACAAUGCUGCGGCAUCAUCAUAUUCUUCGGCCCCAGUUUCCUUGGGUAAAACUAACCAUUUUAUCCCAGUCUCGUCCGAACCAAAAAGUUUCAAUAACUUCCAUCCUCAUUCUAUCGCUGCCCCGGGAAUGCAGCUGGGAAGCUUUAACUUUCAUUUCCCUCAGCCAGCUCCAGCAAUUACAACCACCAAUAUUUCUAUGGAAACUGCAAGCUCCAAUAUUCAAAAUAAUAACAUCAACAGUAACAAUGGCUCGGCAAAUGUCAAUCCUCAAACACAUACCCAUCAUCAUAAUCACCACCAUCACCAUCAAUUACUGGAAUCAAACGAACCAUUUAAUGCAGCCAAAGAGAUUUAUGAUCCAAUAAUUCCCCAUCAAAGCCAGAAUGGUAUUAUUAUUGAUAGUAGGGGUGAAGAACAUUUGAAUAUUGUUGAUUAUCCAUCUCAAGAGCUAUUACUCAUGCUCGCGUCCUUAUUACAAAAAAUCAUUGAUGCCAACGAUACUUUGCAUCCAAAUCACUAUAAUCAAGCGUCUCAAUUGCACGAAACUAACAAAUUCACUGCCAACGUUUUAGCCUUUCAUGGGACCAACGUUCCAGCGAUUCCUAUUUAUAAUUAUUUCCUCAGAAUUUUGAAGUAUUGUCCGAUGACCAACGAGGUUUUUUUAAGUUUAUUGGUUUACUUUGAUAGAAUUGCUAAGCUAGCAAAUAUCAACUCCUCCAAUGAUGAUUGUAACAGUCAAUCAUCACUAUCAGCAACAUCUCCUGGGUCAUUAGGGGGUUUCAAAAGGCAUACUUCUCAAUCCCAACUUUUUGUCAUGGAUAGUUUUAAUAUUCAUCGAUUGAUCAUUGCUGGUAUUACCGUCUCAUCGAAAUUCUUCAGUGAUGUUUUUUACAAAAAUGCAAGAUAUGCUAGAGUUGGAGGAUUACCAUUAGAUGAAUUGAAUCAUAUCGAGCUUCAAUUCAUCUUGCUAACAGAUUUUAAGUUGUUGAUCCAACCAGAUGAAUUGCAGCGUUAUGCUGAUUUGCUAUUGAAAUUUUGGAAAAGAGAAAAGGCCAAGACUAAUAAUAAUAAUAAUGGUCCUCACAACACUAACCCCAAUAAUACCGCUACUAAUAAUCCUACCGUACAACCUUCUCAUCCCGUUGAUACAGAGAUGACAGAUCAAUGA